AUAGACCUCCUGCUCCGAUGUUGAAGUACAUAGUGAUCGUUUUACUUACAGUGAUACCCAAGUCAUUGUUACAGGUAACAAUGUCAUAUGAGGCGAUCUUUGUCUCAGUGACCAGUUCAGAGAACGCACAACCAAUUGACAUUUCAAAUCUUCGACUGAUUGGUCGACAGCGUAUUUUAAAUGGGACUUUUGAAAUUCUCGAGGAUGUUGACGAUACAAAUUAUCAAUUAUCUGUGGAUAUUUACAGCAAUGCUGCUCGCGAUGGCAACUAUAAGCUAAUACCUUUGCGCGUUUCACGUCAAGGAAUUUGUACAAUCUUCAAAAAGUAUGGUUUCUAUUUAAAGGACUGCAUCAAAAAUGGCAUUAACACUGAUUUACAUAUAAACACAACUUCUUGCCUAUUUCCCAAAGGAAGGUACUAUUUAAAAAACGUUACUUUAAACGUUCAAAAUUGGCCAAAAAUAAUGCAGCGCGGCCUUUGUCGACACGUUGGCACUUUUUAUAAAUAUGAUGUACCUGUUGGCACAUUAAAUGUUACCUCCUCCAUUGAAGACCGUGCUCCAAAUGUAUUUGGAAUGUAAACCCUUGGUACCAUUUUUCCUAACGUAUAUGAUAGUCCAUGCUGGCUAAGAGCAUAAUUUUUCAAUUCACAUUUUUCAAACAUAAAUAAGAAGUUAAUAAGUAUAAGUAUGCGUAAUAAUGCUUCCUAUACAAGAAAUUGUUCUAAAACUAACUAAAUAUAAGCUGUUAAUGCGUAUUUUAAUAAUAUAUUUGUAAAUAGGAGACAUAAAUAAUUUGUAUAAGCUCCUAACCUAUAUAUGCUUCCUUAAAACCGCGUAAAAUUUGCGUUAGGUCCACACUUAAUCAUUUUGUACUCAUGGCACGGUAUAAAAAUUCCAUCUAUUCGUAAUAUUUAAAUAGCCAUACCCGAUUUUCGAAGCACAAGCAUAAAUCUUGGAGAGAAAAGCAUCCUCGAUUUGAGCAUCUGCGCUUGCAAAUUUAAAGCCAUUACACUAAUAAAUA